UAAGUGUGUACUGAGCUGAACUUCAUGCAGAUAAAAUUCUGGAGCGUACAAUAAAAAUGAUGGCCCUUUAGUCUUAAGUUCCAAAUAAGUUCAGCUAUGCUUGCUAAAAUGCUGCCUUUUCUGUUUAUCAUUUGUUCUUUCCAGUUAGUUUUCUUCACAAAUUCAGCUUUUGCAGCCACACCUGCCACACUCCUCAGGGAAGAAGUGCUGGUGUUAAAAGAGAUUGCCAAAGGACUGGGGAAGACAGACUGGGAUUUUAGCAUUGAUCCCUGCAGUGGGAAAGGCAAUUGGAGUCUUCCCAUUUUGGUAAAAGGCAUUGAGAGCUCUGUCACUUGUGAUUGCUCCUUCAAUAAAAAUUCUUCUUGCCACAUCACUGGAAUUGCUUUGAAAGCCCAAAAUCUUUCUGGAACUGUCCCUCCAGGAUUUGCCAAGCUUCAGUACCUUGCACACUUGGAUCUUAGUCGCAAUAACCUCCACGGUUCUAUUCCACCUCAAUGGGCUUCAAUGAAGUUGGUUGAACUUUCUUUUAUGGGAAACAGGUUAUCUGGUCCAUUUCCAGUCGCUCUGACCAGAAUUACCACACUUGUCAAUGCGAGCAUUGAGGGAAACCUGUUCUCAGGACGCAUUCCACCAGAGAUUGGAAACUUGGUUAAUUUACAGAAAAUUAUUCUGUCAUCAAAUUCGUUCACAGGAGAAUUGCCAGUUGCACUUUCCAAGCUGAGCAACCUAACUGAUUUAAGGAUAAGUGACAGUAACUUCACUGGAAAGAUACCAGACUUCAUCGGCAGCUGGAAGAAAAUUGAGAAACUGCACAUGCAAGGAUGCUCUCUUGAAGGUCCCAUUCCUUCUAGUAUUUCUGCCUUGACCAAAUUAACUGACCUGAGAAUCAGUGAUUUGAAAGGCAAAGGAUCUCCAUUUCCAGAUCUAAGCAAUAUGGAAUCCAUGAAAUCAUUGACACUAAGGCAGUGUUCAAUUUAUGGAGAGAUACCUAAAUACAUUGGGGAUAUGCAAAAACUGAAAAAUCUGGACCUAAGUUUCAAUAACUUGACUGGUGAAAUUCCAGCAACUUUCGUCCAACUAUCCAAAGUAGAUUUUAUGUAUCUGACUGGAAACAGACUUACUGGACCAAUUCCAGACUGGAUUUUAUCUAGAAACAAAAAUGUAGAUGUAUCAAAUAACAGUUUUACAUGGGAAAGCUCAUCACCAUUUGAAUGCCCCCGUGGAAGCGUAAACUUGGCGGAAAGCUAUUCAUCAAAGAAUAAAUUCCCUAGUAGAGUUCAUUCGUGCCUAAUGCAAAACUAUCCCUGUCCUGAACCAAGGGAUCAGCAACAUUACUCUUUGCACAUUAACUGUGGCGGAAAGGAUUUCAUCGCAACGAAUAACACCAAGUUCGAAGCUGAUUUAGAAGCUAGGGGCGCUUCAAUGUUUUAUGCAGGACAAAACUGGGCAUUUAGUAGCACUGGGAACUUCAUGGACAAUGAUAUUGAUUCAGAUAUCUACAUUCAUACAAACACUAGUGCUUUGCAGAAUGUUUCUUCCGCAGAGUCACAACUGUACACAACGGCACGUGUAUCUCCUCUGUCUCUCACCUACUAUGGACAAUGCCUGAUCAAUGGGAACUACACAGUUAAGCUCCACUUCGCAGAGAUUAUUUUCACAAAUGAUAGCACAUUCAGCAGCCAGGGGAAACGCAUAUUUGAUGUGUAUUUGCAGGAAAAUUUGGUCUUGAAGGACUUCAAUAUUGAAAAUGAGGCAGGCGGCGCUGGUAGGCCUAUUGUGAAGACCUUCACGGCCACAGUGCCUAGCCACACAUUGAAGAUCCACUUUUACUGGGCAGGAAGAGGGACUACAGGAAUCCCAGUUAGAGGAGUUUAUGGUCCUCUAAUUUCAGCCAUAUCAGUGGAUCCUAAUUUUGAGCCUCCUUCAACUCAUAGAAGGAAGAUUGAAGCAGUUACAGUUCUUGGUGUCGUAGCAGGAGCAUUACUUGCAGUCAUCCUUAUUCUGGCCAUUUUGCGAAGAAAGGGAUAUCUUGGUGGCAAAAUCUCUGCAGAAAAGGAGCUUCGUGGCCUUGAUCUUCAAACAGGGAUAUUUACAUUGAGCCAGAUUAAAGCUGCAACCAAGAACUUUGAUCCAGCUAACAAGAUAGGGGAGGGAGGUUUUGGUUCAGUUUACAAGGGUCAGUUAUCAGAUGGUAUUGUAAUUGCUGUAAAGCAACUUUCUUCCAAGUCUAAACAAGGGAACCGUGAAUUUGUGACUGAAAUAGGAAUGAUAUCUGCUUUGCAACAUCCCAAUCUUGUAAAGCUGUAUGGGUGCUGUGUUGAAGGAAAUCAUUUAAUGCUCAUCUACGAAUACAUGGCAAACAACUGUGUAUCACGAGCUCUUUUCGGAAAGGAUUCAGCAAGCAAGAUAAAGUUAGACUGGCCGACAAGAAGGAAAAUUUGCCUGGACGUAGCCCGAGGUCUGGCCUACCUCCAUGAAGAAUCAAGACUGAAAAUUGUCCACAGAGACAUCAAGACGAGCAAUAUUUUGCUUGACAAGGACCUCAGUGCUAAAAUCUCUGAUUUUGGCCUGGCGAAGCUAAAUGAGGACGAUUGUAGUCACAUUAGUACCCGGAUUGCCGGAACUAUAGGUUACAUGGCUCCUGAGUACGCGAUGCGCGGUUACUUGACUGCUAAAGCAGAUGUUUACAGCUAUGGAGUUGUAGCACUGGAAAUAGUCAGUGGAAAAAGCAACACAAAUUACAGGCCAAAGGAAGAAUGCGUUUAUCUUCUUGAUGAGGCCUAUGUUUUACAAGAGAGAGGCUGUCUACUAGAACUGGUUGAUCCAGACUUGGGGUCCGAAUAUUCAUCAGAAGAGGCAACUCUCGUGCUAAAUGUGGCCCUUCUAUGUACAAAUGCAUCCCCAACUCUCAGGCCUACAAUGUCUCAAGUUGUGAGCAUGCUGGAAGGCCAAACAGAUGUUCAGGACAUACUUUCUGAACCAGGGUUCUCAACUGCCCCUUCAAAAUUCAAGAACAUAAGAAGCCAUUUCUGGCAAAAUCCAAGUCCCAGUCAGACUCAAAGCAUUUCAUCAAGCGGUCCACAUUCCUAUUCAUCCGUCUCAAAUGCAGAUAUUGAAGAGAAUAGAACCUUUCAAAGAGUUAACAAUUCAGAACAUAUCGAGUAAAAAGUAGUAUUCUAUAUACAAGUAAGUGUAUAUAGCAUAGCAACAGCUGCAGGUGAAGUCGCCUUGAACAUGUUUAUAUAGCAUAAGUUAUGCUGGUCUUGAAUGUCGCGCAACCUCUUGUACUUGUAACCUGAAUUUUGUCAAAUAAAUGCAAGAGUUUCUAGAAA